AUGGUGGGACAAACACACGAUGAUGUGGACGUAGGUAGCAAGGAGGAGAGGCACAAACGCAACUUUGAACAGAUGUCAAAGGGGAUCAGGAAGAUCCAGAGAAGAGAGGAGAAGAAAGGAAGAGAAAGAGCAAUGUGGUCAGAUAUUAGGAGCUCGCCGGCGGUGCCAGCACCACAGGGACAGCUGACUAUACACAAGGAGAAACUCCCAACCACGUUCCAAUGCCUCUUCUGCAACCACGAAAAGUCCGUCAGCGUCUCCAUCGAAAAGAAGUCCGGUGUCGGCAACCUGCAGUGCAAGGUCUGCGGCCAGACUUUCCAGACAAACAUCAACUACCUCAGUGCGCCCGUCGACGUGUAUGCCGACUGGAUUGAUGCCUGUGACGCGGUUGCGAAGCAGGCAGCCAAGGGCAAUGUCGAUACCGCGCGGAGUACGAAUCGCAUGGGCCGAAUGCCGACGGCGCACAACCAAGAAGAAGAUGAUGGCGACGGCGGCUUCAUCGAGCACGACGAGCCUGAUGCCGAGGGAGAGUAUGCCGACUAA